ACCAGACUCAUUGCAGGUUCAGACUUAGACUCGCAGCACAAUGGCCAUUCUGUUCCAGAUCACUGGACUCGUCCUGUUCCUUUGCCUCCAGGUCCGGGCUGAUAUCCCUGCCCAGAAGGACUUUAAGCCUGAUAAGGUAAGGUCUUUUUACACAUUUUAUUGUAUUUAGGAUUCCAUCAAUAAAUUUCAGAUGGUGAUUUAGCCUAAACCCAGACACUGGACAGCUAGGACGGGGAGUACGACAUCCCCUGAUCUGAUAGCCAAACUCUGAAAACGCCCACCAAUAACUUAACUUGCUCUUCGACAUCCAAGUUCUCGAAUCCCUGAGAAAUCUCUCGGCCAGGAUGGUGAGCGUUUUCCAGCCAGAUUGAAGAAUUGCAUAACAACGCAAAAAGCCCAAACUCUUUCUUGUUCGCCAUUUCAUUGUCUUGUCGUCCUUCCCCCCUGGUUGUUCUAUGCCCGCUCCCUCCAAUCAUACUCCCACUCCUCUCCAUAUGUGUUUCCUCAUUUCCCUCCUGCCUCUCAGUUUAGUGUCCCCUCCAUGCCAUUACCCCGUCUCCAUUUAAUGUCAUUUCUGAGUUCAUUCUAACCUCCUCUCUGCCCCCUCUCUUACCACACAUCUGUCCAUAGCCAUACAAGCUCCCACUUGUAAAUCUCUCCUUCUCCCAAUCCCCCAAUGCUACCAUACUUUGUAUUGAUUAUGUGCCAUUCCACGUCCCUACUCUUCCAUCACACUGUAUAAUCCCGAUAACCUCAGAGUAUAACAGAGCUUCACAGCAAUAAAACUUCCAGUAAUAUAUCUAUGUAGUGGCCAUAUAGGCACCAGGAUACCCCCAGCUUAAUACAGUGGUUCUAAAACAUAUAGCCUGUCCCUGCAGUGUUUCCAUCGCUGCCUGAUGCCUUCUCUAUUAGCUGUCUGAGGGACAGCCACUAGAGGGACGUCCUGAGACCGUUCCUGCAGAGCUUUCCGGACUGACGUUCAGCGUCUCCACUAACUCUAUACAUUUCUAUGAGAAGAUGCUAAUUAGGGCAGCGCUGUUAUUUGCACACUAGCCUUCCAAUGCAAUGCUAUGGGGAAGCUAUGGAUUGGUUGGGAUCAUCACGAUUGAUAAACUCAGCUGGGGGGGGCGGGGGCGAUGCACAGAGACCAGCGUGUCAGAGCAGGUAAGAUAAGAAAACGAGAACACUUUUUUUUUCUUCAAUGCACAUGUGGGGGCAGAGGGGGAGUCUAAGUAUUUACUAGAACACAAUGACGUUAAAAAUACACGUUAGUAUUCCUAUCGCUACCGUGUACUUUUAAAGUGCAGCAUAUCAGUCUGUGGAAAUAAGAUACUUUUUGAACUUAUAUCGAUAUUGAUAUAGUAAUCUGAUCAGCAUUAGAGAUACCUCUACCUGUCCAUUUUCAGUAAUUGGAAGGGCAAAGGGUCAUUCUAGACUGGUUUAACCACUAAAGGUGAGCCAGCGCCAGGGACUCUCUGGAACCUUAACAUUUUGAUGUUGUCAUUUUAAAGUUGUUAUGGUGCCUGGAGUGUUCCUUUAAAUCUCCUGGAAUAACCCCAUCCCUGUCCACACCUCCAAACACACCCCGUAAAGUGAAAGGGCAUUUCUCUGACUAUGUGCAGUGCGGAAAUGAAUGCAACAUAUCUCGAGUACAAUAAAUGUUAAGCCCGUUAGUAUUAACCCCUUAAGGACACAUGACGUGUGACAUGUCAUAAUUCCCUUUUAUUCCAGAGGCUUGGUCCUUAAGGGGUUAAACUCAGUAUAGGAAUAGAACAAUACCUUAAGUCACAGCUGCAAACUGGAGCGCCCUCUAGCGGUGAGACAUCAUUAUGCAUCAAAUUUGUGCCAAUGACGGUUAAUGAAGCUUUAACAACACAGUCUGUCUAUACUAAUCUUACAACACAAAGACAGCCAAAUAGAAAUAUUUAUGUAUAUAAUAUACUGCCUGCAUAUCAUAUUUUAAAAAUAAAACAGCUUGACUAAACCCCAAAUCUUCAUGGAACAGACCGAGUCUUGAAAACAAAAUGGGUGUGUGAAUGGAAAACAUUAACAAACAUCUAUUUAAUGCCAGCAAAGGUGGUUUAAAUUUUUUUUAAAAAUCGUAUACCCGAUACCUUACAGAAAAUUCCACAGAGAUAUAGAAACAUAGAAUGUGACUUCAGAUAAGAACCAAUAGGCCCAUCUAAUCUGCCUCUAAUAAUUUUUAUAAUAGAGAAUAAAACUUGUAUAAGAAUUAUGUCAACACACAAUCCUGCAACAUUAGAGUCUAUCCCUAAGAAAGGAGCUUACCAGUCGAGGUAAUGACACAUUUGUAUAUUUUGCAGAUUACUGGGAAAUGGUACAGCGUCGCAGCAGCGUCCAACUGCACAGAAUUCCUGAAAAUGAAAGACUCCAUGACACGUCCAAUUAUUUUAUUCCAGAAUGAACCAGACAAUAGCUUAAAGUGCAGCAUCGCAUAUAUGACGUAAGAAUUAAUUUAAUGAUGGCAACUGGGCCCCAUUGCAGUACCCAAUAUAAAAUGUAACUUUGUAGAGAAUCUGACCACAGCAGCAAGAUCUUUUCUACAGUGCUGUAAAUUAUAGAGAGAGUCUGAAAAUUGUAGAGAACAUUCUUAAAGGCAAUGAAAACAUUUUCUAUAGCAGCUGUCUUUCCAAUUUUGCUAUUUUGAUAACUUAACUGUGAAAAGUUGGGAAUCAAUCAGAAAUUUUUCACUUUUACAUCAAUAAUGCUAAAAUGUAAAAUGUCUCCGUAAACACUUGUGAUUUCCUUGUCUAUUCUUCCCAAAUUUCCAUAUAGUGCAUAAACUUUACUGUGUGUCUUUAAUCAUGAUUUCCUUCCCGUAACCACUCUGGGACUUACACUGUUAUUCUGAAAAUAUAUUAAGAAUUAUUUACUAGAAUAUAUUUUCGUCCAAAGAUAUUAAUAGUGUUUUAUUAAUUAACAAAAAGGUCAGUUUGGAAACAACGUAGCCCAUUUUAGAUUAGGAAGCAGAGAGGAGCUAAUGGGGCUUAUUUACUACAUACAGAAUUGUAGUGGAGUAAAUGCAAUUUGCUAAAUCUACACUAAAAUGGCCAAGUUGUGACUGUAGUGGAGUUGGAAAAUGUUUUUAAAUUGGCAAAAUUUUGGUUUUGAGUUCACUCCAAUUCAGCAUUUAGUGGAAUACAUCCUUUGUAAUUAGCUCACAGCUGAAAUGGGUGAGGAACAGAUACAUUUGGGUUAAACAUAUUUGGGUGGAACCCUGAAAUAUUGGAUACUAAGCAACUAUUUAAAUACAGAAAUUCCAGCUAACACCGUGACCUCUUUGCAUUGUCUCUAUGAUCUACAGGCCCAAAGGAUGCCAAGGAAUGUCUUUCAGCUAUAAAUUUGUUUCCGAAGGCCAUUACACAUACACAGGUAAGCAUAAAGCCUUCUCUGGCUUUUGGAGACAACUGUAUAUGCUGUACCUUGGCACAGAGUUUAACUAUAUAAUAAGCAGUUGGCAAACUAUGGCACGUGUGUCAUGCAUGGCACGAAAGACUUCCAGACCCAAUCAGGAUGGUAGAUCUGAGGAUCUCCCUCGGAGAUGACCUGACCGGGGUCUGAGCAGGACUUAUGCAGAUAUCUGUGCCUGAUUGCAGAGUGCAGUGAAUCACUAGUGAAUGAGGAGGAACUACUGCCCUUGUCCUUUACCUGGUCAGCCCGGCUCUUACUGGACACCAGGCAAUCUACCAGCUUUGUUAAUGUGUGGAUAUAGUAGUGUGUGUAGAUGUAUGUGUGUUUAGCAAUGUAAUUGUGUGUGCCCUGACAGUUGGAAGGGUGUCUGGCAGUUUGUACUGGGGCAGUAUAAAUGGCAGUGUGUAUUGGGGUGUCUAUCUGUGGCUAUGUGUGUAUGCUAUGAUCAGGCCUCUUUAGGUGAAAAAGUCCUGAUGUUGGUGUCCGUCCUGCCUUCGUGCUUUAGUUACUUGGUGUCCGGCAUCUGGAGACACCAGGGAUCUGCCCCGGGCAGCACACUAGCAUGAUUAGAUGCACUCGCAUUGUGCAGCAGGCACUAUGGCCAUGCAGGAGCGCUGUGCAAGAUAAACAGUCCAUACACAAAACACACACAAGCAGCCCACAUUCAUACACAAAACAAGAUACACAGUCCGUACACAUAACACACACAAGAUCACACAACCAGCCCACAUUCACACACAAACCAAGACACACAGUCCGUACACAUAACACACACAAGCUCACAAAGAUACGCAGUCCGUACACAUAACACACACAAGCAGCCCACAUUCACACACAAACCAAGAUACACAGUCCGUACACAUAACACACAAGUAGCCCACAUUCAUACACAAACCAAGAUACACAGUCCGUACACAUAACACACACAAGCAGCCCACAUUCACACACAAACCAAGACACACAGUCCGUUCACAAAACUCACACAAGUUCACACAAGCAGCCCUCAUUCAUACACAAACCAAGAUACACAGUCCGUACACAUAACUCACACAAGUUCACACAAGCAGCCCACAUUCACACACAAAACAAGAUACACAGUCCGUACACAUAACACACACAAGCUAACACAAGCAGCCCACAUUCACACACAAACCAAGAUACACAGUCCGUACACAUAACUCACACAAGCAGCCCACAUUCACACACAAACCAAGACACACAGUCCAUACACAUAACACACACAAGCUCACACAAGCAGCCCACAUCCACACACAAACCAAAAUACACAGUCCGUACACAUAACACACACAAGCUAACACAAGCAGCCCACAUUCACACACAAACCAAGACACACAGUCCGUACACAUAACACACACAAGCAGCCCACAUUCACACACAAAACAAGAUACACAGUCCGUACACAUAACAAACACAAGCAUCCCACAUUCACACACAAAACAAGAUAAACAGUCCAUACACAUAACACACACAAGCAGCCCACAUUCACACACAAACUAAGAUACACAUAUAACACACAAAAUACAACAAACGACAAAGUCUUGCUUUGGCACAGUGUCGUUAAAAGAUUGCCUAUCUAUAAGCCAUACUCAUGCUUCUGGGUGUUACAGAACUGCAACUCCCAGAAUUCUCUGCCACAUUUUUUGUGAAUUGUAUUCCAGCAAAAUGAAUGAAAAAUAUUCUACAUUUUAGAAAUCAAAUCUCAAAUUUAGUUCAGUUUGUGAUUGUGUUUCCUCUAAUUCUGCUUUCUUGGGAUACAUUUUUCAAUGUAUUCAAAGCUAACUGAUACACAUUGUAUAUAUGAAUCCAGAUAAAUGCUGAAGUUUGAUUUUUGGGAUUUUAUAUUGUAGAUCCUCGGGGAAAUACAGCUGUUACUUUUGUUGGGACGGACUACACGUCAUUUGCUUUGGAGUUUGCCGCUACCGUCCCAAAGAAUGGACAGAAAAUAAUCAUGAUCAAGUUAUACGGUAAAGCAGUUUAUAUAUAUAUAGCAGGUGCUGCUGACUUUUGCAAAUGGCCGAGCACUUACUGGGAGUCAAUGUGUUAGGGAUUAAAGCCCCAGCCAUCAGUCUAUCCAGGAUAACGAUGGUUUAGUCAUACACAGAUGAGUCAAUGGUUAUUUUACCUCUUGUGAAUAUUGUACAUGAUGUGUAUGCGGUCAAUACAUAGAUAGUAUGGAAGUAGUAGGUUUCUAGCACUAUGAGUUGAAUGGACGAGGCAGAACAAACAACUUAAACUAGAGUCUCUCUAGUCCGGUCGAAGCGAACGUUCCAUCAGACCAUUCAUCGCUGGAUCUAGAGAUACACCAUACAUCCUUAGACGGGGACUGGACUCGGAAAAUUGAGAGUUUGAAAAAUGGGGGUGUGGGGGGGGGAGGGAAGGGCCAUUUUGGUUACUUUGGUGUAAAACGUGUUGUUUGUUUUAGUACAUUUUUGGUUUAGUGAAUUUCACGGCUGAUACAGUAUUCCUUCUGCCUGAUGCAAAAUGUUUGUGUUCCGUUCCAUUUAGGGAGAGAGAAGAGCUUGCCUAAAGACGUACGGGAUCAAUUUGAAAAAUUUGUCUUUGGCUUUGGUUUGAACAAACACCAUUUGAUUUAUUUCCCUGAUGCAGGUAACUAAAACCUAUAAAACAAUAAGCAUUUACAGGACUGCACAUGGCAAGCUUUGGAGAUGAUAUGGGAAUGGGUGAGAAUCGAGCAUACCUCCUACUUGUCCCGAACUUGGUGGGACAGUCCUGAUUUUGCAUAUUGCUUGUUACAGCACAGUUAUCCUGUUAUAACAGUCAUUUAAUCCACCUGUUAUUUACUUUUUCAGAGGAAUGUGUUCCGGGUACAUUCUAGGUGAGUCAUUAAUUUAUAAAUUAUUAAGGAUUCUCCAAACAAUGGUAAAUAAAUUCCACAUGUAUAUUAUGCACCAAUAUGUCCAGGAUAUUACACGGGAUGUUAAAAUAAAAUGUAAUAUUUCUUUUUUUAGUAUAACCACAACUCCCAUUAUGCUUUUACCAGCCUGAACAAUCUACAUGUUCAGUAAUACAUUUAAAUAAACAGCUGGACAAAUCUGAUAAGGUCUCUGUCAUACUGAAUGCUAUUCACAUACACUGCUCCCAUGACAACUUGUUAUGCACUAAAAAAUGCAGACUUAAUUCACAGCAGAGGCUACUGUUAAAGGCACAAUCUAGACACCAUGAUCACGUCAGCUUAUUGAAGUAGUAUGCUACCAGGGUACUGUCCAUACAUCUUUGUUUAAGCUAAAUUGUCAGAGUGAAAAAAAUAGGGCUUAAAAGUAGAGCUCAAAGCUCCACCUACAAGCCCUGUCAGUCAGAGAGCUGGGAUUACACUUCCUGGUUCACAUAUAAACUCGUACCAAUGUGCAUUACACAGCUGAUUUGGAGGGAUUUGCAGUCGCUGCUUCCUGGGGCGUCCAUGCAGCCAUACUUACCCUACAACAAUCAUCAUGUAAACAAGGAACCAUGAAUUUGCGUGGCCCCAUGUAUCAUUCCUAUGUGAAGAAUAAAAGGGAGGGCCCCAAACCAGUAACCGAACCAGGGGCCCGUGGGAUCUUAAUCCUUCUCUGAUUGUUACAGGAAGCUCCACGAAGGAAGCAUUACAGAAGACCUGGUGUUAUUAAGUUCCCAACUGAGGAUCGGUCAUGUUUGUGUUUUUAAUAUAUUGUAGUCACAAUAAAGCUACAUUUCUCCUGGUUUAAAUUAUUGUUAACGUAAAGUAAAAUCAUUAGCAACAGUUACAAAUGUAGUUUAAUUGUUUGAGACAUGCUCUCUCACUUAGGGAGGUUAUUGUAAUCUCCUAGGGCAGCACUGCAACGUAAAUGUUCUUUUUGCUAGAGAUUGAUGGGAGCUGCACUCCGUGAUCUAUAGAAUUAAUGCCGGCGCUGUGCUUUGUGGAAUAGACGGCAGAAUAUUGAUUGCUGACUGGUUUGUCAAACUCAUUGUACAAAUAUUAGCGCAGCAAGGCCAAAGGAUGGGUGAUUGCACUGCCUUCCAAACGCCUCUGACCUGCUGCUAACAUGACUGUUUGUGUUUUGCAGGAAAGGUCGAGCCAGGAGACACCCCUCGCCCCGUGGCACCCACUUCCAGCCUUUCAUGUUUCCUGUUUUAUCUCUGUUGCCUUCCUUGGAAAUUAUAAGCAAAAUAAACCCCCACCAGAAACGCAAAUCCUUUAUUUUUGUUUUAUUAAUCCAGCACGUGGCGAUGCAGUCAUUAUAAAUUCAGUUAUGUCGUAAAAUCGUAACGAUAUCAGACAGACAACUCGUGGGCAAUCUCUCUUUAUCGCUCUAUCUAUAGAGAUCAUGGCUGUUUAACUGCAGAUUUAAAGGGAAUUUCUCACUUCC